CCUCCCCUCGAGGAUAUGGAAGGUCACCACCGGAAGAAGGUCAUAGAUACAUUCAAGAUGGCGACCCCCUUGUGUCAGUGUUACCAGAUGUGUGUAAGAAGAGGCUUGGUGAGAUUCCCUUCCUCUUACAUGCUACUUCACAACAGACCCAACGUCUACAGGAUACAUGGGGUCCUAUCCUGCUCUCCACAGGUGCUUCAGUCACCCCUUCUGCAGGUACGGCACUUGUCAGGGGAGAGAGGCGGAGGCAGAAAAGGUUUCAUGGGGGAGCUUUUGGACAACAUCAAGCAGGAGCUGAACAAGAACAAGGAGAUGAAAGAAAACAUCAAGAAGUUCCGAGAAGAGGCCAAAAAACUGGAGGAGUCAGAUGCAUUAAAACAAGCUCGAAGGAAAUAUAAAACUAUAGAGUCUGAAACAGUGAAGACCUCCGAUGUUCUCAGGAAGAAGUUGGGACACCUUUCUGAGACAGUUAAAGAGGGCCUAGAGGAGGUCAGUCGUUCAGAAAUUGGGAAGAAAAUCAAGGAUGGAAUGGAGGAAGCAGCCAAAACAGCAAAGACCUCAGCAGAGUCCGUCUCUAAAGGUGGAGAGAUGCUUGGGAAGACGGGUGCGUUCAGAGCAAUAUCACAGGGCAUGGAGAGUGUGAAGAAAGAGAUCGGUGACCUGGGUCACACUGGCCCUUAUCGGCCUCCUGCCACACUCAGGAAGAGGAGUGAGUUCUCCUCCAAGGGGCCAGGGGAUGGCAGCAAGGUCUUCGAAGCCAACGAGGAAGCUAUGGGUGUGGUGCUCCACAAAGACUCAAAAUGGUACCAGCAGUGGAAGGACUUCAAAGACAACAAUAUGGUCUUCAACAGGUUCUUUGAGAUGAAGAUGAAGUAUGAUGAGAGUGACAACAUCCUCAUUAGAGCAUCUCGUGCUGUCACCGACAAGAUGACUGACAUCAUAGGUGGGCUGUUUUCAAAGACGGAGAUGUCUGAAGUACUAACAGAGAUUUUGAAAGUGGAUCCAACCUUUGACAAAGAUUCUUUCCUUAAGCAGUGUGAACGAGAUAUCAUCCCCAAUAUACUGGAGGCGAUGAUCAGAGGGGAGCUGGAGGUACUGAAGGACUGGUGUUAUGAAGCGACAUACAGCCAGCUGGCACACCCGAUUCAGCAAGCCAAGGCCAUGGGACUGCAGUUCCACUCUCAGAUCCUGGACAUCGACAAUAUUGAUCUGGCCAUGGGGAAGAUGAUGGAUCAGGGUCCAGUGCUGAUUAUCACCUUCCAGGCUCAGUUGGUCAUGGUGAUCCGAAACACCAAAGGAGAGGUGGUGGAAGGAGACCCUGAAAAAGUGAUCAGGAUGAUGUACGUGUGGGCUCUGUGUCGAGACCAGGAGGAGCUCAACCCUCAUGCUGCCUGGAGACUACUUGACAUCUCUGCCUCUAGCACCGAACAGAUCCUCUAAGACUCUUUGAUACGCCCAAGACACUCAGAGAGAGAGAACAUACUGUACCCGAGCAGGCCCUGGAGCUGGCUGGGAAAAAGGGGAGGGGGACGUGGACAGACACCUGGGACAUGGGCUCAUUUCACAACGGAAAUAUUGUGGAGUAGUGCUGCUAAACGCUAGGUGCUUCACUGCUCCUUUUUUAAGUAUGCUGGCUUUGGGUUCAGUCACUGCAAUCCCUGGGAUCUCUGAAUGCCUCUAACUAUUCCUGUGGCUCACACUAGGGGGCAGUAGACUACCAACAACACUCAUUACUUUAUGCAAUGCCUUUCAAUGUAUUGAAGCUGCAUGGUGCAGGGCAACUGUUAGCAUUAAGGAGUACAUGAAUUCAUCUAACCUGGGUUCUUUUAUUAUGAAUAGGAGAAAAAUGUGGGAAUCAAGGGAGCUCCUUGAUGUCAGUAUGUCAAAAAUGAUUUUCCUCUGUCCACCAGUCCCUCACACUCUCUCUCUUCCUCUCCGAGGCGUCGUCAUCAUGGUAGUGGGUGGUGGUGUGGUGGCCAAUCAGUGCUCUCCUUGACCCUUGUUUGUAUGAUAAUCGUCCACUGUAAUUAUUCAGAUGUGAGAAAGUCUAUAUUUAUUAUGAAAAAUAAAGAAUGACCCCUGUUUUUCACACUAACAGACAUUUUUGAAAAUAAAUUUCUAUCAAGUAU